AUGGACUUUAUUGCUAAGAGAUCUUAUCUAAAGGGAUUGCGUUGUUUAGGUGCAUUGGAUGGAACUCACAUUAAGUUGAGAGUUUCUUCUAUUGACAAAGCUAGAUACCGGAAUAGGAAAGGGGAGAUUACAACAAAUGUGUUAGGUGUUUGCUCACAAGACGGGUAUUUCAUAUAUGUUCUGCUUGGGUGGGAAGGAUCUGCAGCAGAUGGACGUGUUCUUGGUGACGCCAUUAGUAGGAGGAAUGGCUUGAGAGUUCAACAAGGUCAUUAUUACCUAGUUGAUGCUGGAUACACCAAUUGUGAAGGAUUUCUUACACCAUACAAAGGACAAAGAUAUCAUUUAAGUGAAUGGAGAGAUGGACGACAUCCUAGAAAUGCACGAGAGUACUUUAACAUGAGACACUCUUCUGCAAGAAAUGUAAUUGAAAGGUGUUUUGGAGUUUUGAAGUUAAGAUGGGCUAUUCUAAUAAGACCAUCAUUUUAUCCCAUUAGAACAUACAACCGAGUAAUAAUUGCUUGCUGCUUAUUGCACAACUUAAUUCGACAAGAAGGUAUAGAUCCUCUAGAAGAUGAAGUUGAAGAAAUGGAAGUUCAUAUGGACGGGGUGGAGAACCCUCCAAUUGUAAACAUAGAUGCAUCUGAUGAAUGGGUUGCCUUUAGGGACAAUCUUGCUAAUGAAAUGUUCAACACUUUUACUACUAAUAGAACAGCUACAUGA